AUGUCACAAAUAGCCAAGAAGGACCAGCUGCCAACCUGGGUGGCCGUUGAUCAUAACUCCAAGUUUAAGUCUAUCAGAGGAAUUGUGACUUAUCUCUGCACAGAUUAUGGCUGGAUUAAUGAGACCAUCUUCUUCAGUGUUGAUGUGGUGUGUGGAAAUGCUCCACUGGAUGUUGGGAUGGAUGUCCUUGCUUUUGUGGAAGAAGAUGAAACAAACCGAGCUUUGAAAACCAUCAAGGUGAAACCCAUAUCUGAUCCUAUUUAUGGUAUUGAGCCAUCGGAAGUUGACAAAAGACUUUGCAUUAAGUGCAUCACUGCUGCUACACGGGACAACAUUUAUAUCAGCAAGGAAACUUUCUUCCCUAUACAACUUCUUUCUGGAGCUUUCAGGCCUUUCAGAGGAGACUUACUGCUCAUUGAGUAUUCCAUAAACUGGGGCACUUCAAACAUCAAAAUUCAUUCUGCGAGCCCUCUAAACUCUCAGUAUAUGGACGAGGUUUGUGUUACUAGUAUUGAUGGAAGAAAUGGCGUGGUGGAUGACAUCGUCUUUUUCACCCUGGAUUAUCUCCAUACACCUCCUGGUUAUACACCAAGGUUAUAUGAUAUUGUCAAUGUGAUUGUUGUGGAUAGCAUCCAACCGUAUUGUUCUUGCAGAGCUGUGUCAAUGACCCCAGUGGAAAUGGUGUAUUAG